CGUUAAAGCAGUCCUACCUCGAGUUUUACUUUUCAAUGACGCUGGCCCAAUCCAAGCCCUCCCUUGUGUAUUUGCUGAUGAAGUGGAUGGCACUGUAAAGAUGGCCAACAUCUUGGACCCUUCACGACUCCACAAAUUCAGCAAAUUCAUUCGAGGAGUUCGAACAAAUGUGGUUGAAGAUGAGUGAAGAGUUGGAAAUGGAAGGCCUGCCAAAGCGGCCUUCCACUCCUACCCCCGAAAGUACAAGUCAAACCGAGACAAUUCUACUUAAAAGACCUGAGAGCCAGCACAACUGCGGCACCUCAGCCAGUUACAUGUACUCGCCGGCCAUGGAUUCAAACUGGCGGUUAGCAACCGUGAUUGACGAGGAACCUUUGGACAGUUUCGAAAACUGUGAGAAUUCCAUCCUUACUACUUUCCGACGAAAAAAUCCUGAGAAAUAUAAUUUGUUGGAAAAGAGGUUGAGGGAGCCGUUAGCAGAACAAUUUAAAUUACUCCGAGAUUUGAGCGACCGCGUUUCAAAGGACUUGGAACAAAUGAACAUUAUUGUUAAUUAUUUGGAGGACCAGUUGGCUCCCGUGACACCAAAGAAAAAGAGAGUGAAAUUCACAACUUGUGAUAUUGACAUUAACAAUAACGUCAAUACCAUACUAUGAAUUGUGUAAAACUGUAAAUAUUCAUUGAGAUUUGUUUGAUAUUUUAUAUACUGAUUGACAAUUUCUUAUUGUUAAUCAGUUCAUAAUUUAAUAAGAAAAAAAAGUAACGUUAUAGAGGGCAGCUUUUAUUGUACAAGUAGAUGGAAUUUUACUUUUUAUGUCUUCAAAAUAUCCAUAAAUGUGUUCA